AUGGCGGCUCAGCACACGCUCCUCAGGGCUCUGCCGUGCGAGGUCCUGCAGAGCAUCAUCGCCCGCCUCCCGGACCCGGCCAGCUUUGCCAGCACCAGCAGCGGCAGCCUGCAGCUAUGCCGCAAACUUGACACUGAGUGGUUCCGGGCGCAGCACUCGACUCAGGCGCCAGGACGGCCGUGGCAGUAUGCAGCGGUAACGUGGCGACGACUGAAGCAGCAGACAGCGGAGGGCAUGGCCAUGUGGAUGCUGUGCUAUGCCCGAUAUCGGCAACAGCAGCAGCAGCAGCAGCAGCAGCACCAGCAGCUGCAGGAGCAGGAGCCGGGGCAGGAGCAGGGGCAGCGUGGGGCAGCACCAGACAUUGCAGCCGCAGAGCGCCUGUUGGCGGACGGCGAUGCAGUGGGAGCCCUGCUGGCGCUGUGCGGACCCACGGCGUCCCUGCUGCUCCUGCCCUACGCGGCUCAGGGAGGCGUCGCGGCGCUGCUGCAGCCGCUGGCCCUGCGCCGCCUGCUGUGCCCGGCCGCCGGCUUUGAUCUGGGCGGCGGCGCGCGGCCUGUGCCUCGGGAGGCCCAGGUUGUGGCGGCCGCCAAGUCGGCCAUGCUGGCCGGCCGGUGGGCGGACGCCAUGGAUAUCUGCCGCGCAUGGCACGGCGGCUCAGGUCACACCGCGGCGAACGUGUUGGCAGACCUGCAGCCGUUUGCCGUCCGCCGCUGCCAGGCCGGCGUCGUGCGCAGCGCGCUAGCGGCCGGGCUGCUCUGCAGGCUCGACUUCCUGUGGUGUGCGUUCCGCGCGCGUGCCGCCGGCAGCGACGCGGCCGAGGUGUUUUCACUUUGCCAUGAGCAGAUCAGCAGCGCAGUCGUUGAGCAAAAAUUCAAGGCCCUUGUGCGGGGCGGCAUGGACGAGACCAGCGCCCGCCACGAGGCGGCGGCCGCGGCGAGCUGGACAGCCGCCGUGCAGCUGUGCCUGACGGGCGCGCCGUUGGGCCCGCGGCCGGCGCUCUGCGAGCCGGGGGUGCAGGAGCAGCUGCUGCUGAUGGCCACGCAGCAUGCCGACCACCGCACCUCGCGGAUCGGGGAGCUCGUCGCCUCUGCAGCGACAAUGGCGGCGAUGCUGGAUGACGGGUACCUGCACCUUCAGGUGCUGCGCGGGGCGUGCUUCGCGCUGACCAUGGCUGGCGAGCGCUGCAACCUGCCCCGGGCCCUGGCGGACACCGUCUGCCGCCUGGCGGGCAACGACGGCGCCGGGCCCAAGGGCUGGGGCAGCCCUUACUGUUGGGAGAACGUCCUGCCGCCGCUUGCACCCGCGGCGCUGUUUGCUGCUCUCGACGAGAUCUGGGCGGAGGCGCAUGGGCAGGGCAUCGCGGUGCAAGUCCUGCAGGCAGUGGUCGCGGCCCUGGACCCUCCCCCCGAGGCUGCCUCUCAGCAUGUGGUGUUGUCAACGGCCGGCCGCGCCUGGCUGGUGCCCCGCCUGGCUUGCACCGGGCUGCGGCUGGGGGCUCACUGCGGCUGGCCCACGCUGCACGCGCUGCACAGGCAGCUGGCGGGAUGCUGGUCCGGCCUGGGUGCAGCGGGGGGCGAGGAAGUGGUGGAAGACAUGGCUCAUGCUUACUUCGCGGCCGUGCACGAGAAAUUCGGCUGGGGCACGCAGGACCUGCAGGCUCAGCGGAUGCAGCUGGCUGUCAUGCGCGCGGUGCGGGGCGGCACCGCGCUGGAUCUGGAGCGCGCGCUUGGCGAGCAAUGGGCUGUGCAGUGCCAGGUGCUGGCCGAGCUGCAGGCGGCGGCGCUUGGCAUCGCGGCCCCCCUCACCAGCCCCGCAUUCCAGGCCUGGGUGGACGAGCUGACCCUGGUGCAGGACUACAUCAACUAUGCGGCGGCCAGCGCAGCCGAGGCGGGGCGCUUCCAUCAAAUGCUUGCGGUGCUCGACAGUCCGCAGGCACGUCACCUGGCGGUCCGCGACGAUGUCGCGCCGGUCGACGCGCGGGGCUGGAUUCGGGGGCGGCCAACCGCCGCCCUGAGCGGGAUGCUUGGGGCCAUCCGCAGCGGCAGCCUGGAGGACGUGUCCCUGCACGCGCUGCUUGGCGGCCGCGUGUGCGGCGGCGCCCGCAUGCGGCCGCCGGCCGAGGGCGUGGACGCCUUUGCACCGCUGCGCCGCGUCCUCUCUCUGUGGCCUGAGGACGGCUGGGCGCUCACCAAGUUCCUCGAUGCAUGUUGGGACGACUCCUUCGAAGUGCGGCUGGAGGAUGGGGAGCUCAUGGCCUGGCUAGAGGCCGAGGGCCACCCACGCGCGUGGGCGGGGCGCGUGUCGGGUGAGGCCACACGCCACCUGCUGAGCUGCGCGGGCGGCGCGGAUGCCCUGCGGGCGGCGGUCAGCUGGCUGGCGGUCGCGGAGUGA